UAACUAUAGUAUAAUACUAUAACUAUAGUAUAUAACUAUAACUAUAGUAUAUAACUAUAAACAUAUAACUAUAGUAUAUAACUAUAAACAUAUAACUAUAGUAUAUAACUAGAGAAUAUAACUAACAAGUAGAGUAUAUAACUAACACUAUAAGUAUCUAUAUUUAUUUGCAGCAAUUGUGCCUUAUGUACUGCGGCAUGGUGGCCAUCUGCAACCUACGCGAAGUAUACGCGUCCAACAUGAUUUCAAAUCCAUUAACUACUACUGGUAGCAAUAAAGAAGUAAUAUACAACCACAGUACAAGUGAUGUCACAAAUUAAACGUCAUAAUGACACACAGGCACAUUCGUUGCCUGCUGCUUCACAAACAAUUUCAUCGCAAAUUGAACUAACUCCAUCACAAGAACAAUUAUUAAAAAAAGUUAAAAGACCUAAUGGAGGAGAAGAACCAUCAGAAUUUGAAAGAGAACUUUUAAAUAUGACUCUGACAGCAAAGGAAGUAGGCCUGGAAGAAGAUCAAGAAUGGUCCCGUCCUAAAUUAUCACCUGAUUUCAAUUCACAAACUUUUGAUAUUAGUUUCCAACAAUUAGAUGCUGAAGAAUAUUAUAGUGGAGAUAAUACUUAUGCAAGAUUUUUUGGAGUAACUGAUCAAGGUCAUUCAGUACUUUGUAAUGUAACAGGAUUUAUUCAUUAUUUUUAUGUACCUGUUCCUAAAGGAUUUAUUCAAAAUCAACAUUUAAUUCGAUUUAUAAAUUAUUUAAAAUCAACUUAUGAUGGAGUUAAUGAUGUAGAAAUUCUGUUAAAGGAAUCAAUUUGGGGAUUUAAUAAUAAUAUUAAAACUCAAUUUCUUCGAAUUUAUGUUAAUAAUAGUAAAAAUAUUACUAAAGUAAGAUCAGCAUUUGAAAGAGGUGAUAUUCAUUUUGAAAAUUUAUUCCCUCCUCAAAAUGUAUCAUUUGAUAAUAUUAAUUAUGUAUUAAGAUUAAUGAUAGAUUGUAAAAUUACUGGAAUGUCUUGGAUUACUUUACCAAAGGGGAAAUAUUCAUUAAUUGAAGAAGAUUCUCGAAUUUCAACUUGUCAAAUUGAAUGUUGUAUAAAUUAUAAAGAUUUAAUUUCUCAUGCUUCAGAAGGUGAAUGGUUAAAAAUGGCUCCACUUCGAAUUCUUUCAUUUGAUAUUGAAUGUGCUGGUAGAAAGGGGAUUUUCCCAGAACCAGAACAUGAUUCAGUUAUUCAAAUUGCUAAUGUUGUACUGAAAUAUGGAGAUUCAAGACCUUUUAUUAGAAAUGUAUUUACAGUAAAUACAUGUUCUUCAAUUAUUGGAUCUCAAAUUUUUGAACAUGAAAAGGAAGCAGAAAUGCUUAUGCAUUGGCGUGAUUUUGUAGUUCAAGUAGAUGCUGAUGUAAUCAUUGGUUAUAAUACUGCUAAUUUUGAUAUACCUUAUCUUCUUGAUAGAGCAAAAGCUUUAGGAGUUAAUAAAUUUCCUUAUUUUGGUAGAUUAAAAACUAUUAAACAAGAAGUUAAAGAUUCAACAUUUAGUUCCAGAGCUUAUGGUACAAGAGAAAAUAAAGUAGUUAAUAUAGAUGGAAGAAUGCAAUUAGAUUUAUUACAAUUUGUUCAAAGAGAAUAUAAACUUAGAUCUUAUACAUUGAAUUCUGUAUCAGCUCAUUUCUUAGGUGAACAAAAGGAAGAUGUUCAACAUUCAAUUAUUACUGAUUUACAAAAUGGUACUAAAGAAACUAGAAGAAGAUUGGCAGUCUAUUGUUUAAAAGAUGCUUAUUUACCAUUAAGAUUAUUAGAUAAAUUAAUGUGUUUAGUUAAUUAUACUGAAAUGGCCAGAGUUACAGGAGUUCCAUUUUCUUAUUUACUUUCAAGAGGUCAACAAAUUAAAGUUAUUUCUCAAUUAUUUAGAAAAUGCUUACAAGAAGAUAUUGUAAUUCCUAAUAUGAGAAGUGAAGGUACAAAUGAAGAAUAUGAAGGUGCAACAGUUAUUGAACCAAGUAGAGGUUAUUAUGAUGUACCUAUUGCAACUUUGGAUUUUAGUUCUUUAUAUCCUUCUAUUAUGAUGGCUCAUAAUUUAUGUUAUACAACUUUACUUAAUAAGCAAUCAAUAACUGCAUUUAAUUUAACUGAAGAUGAUUAUACUAAGACUCCAAAUGGUGAUUAUUUUGUAAAAGAUACUAAAAGACAAGGGAUUUUACCAACAAUUUUAAAUGAAUUACUUACUGCCAGAAAGAAAGCUAAAGCAGAUUUGAAAAAGGAAACUGAUCCAUUUAAAAGAGAUGUUCUUAAUGGUAGACAAUUAGCUUUAAAGAUUUCUGCUAAUUCAGUUUAUGGAUUUACUGGAGCAACCAUUGGGAAAUUACCUUGCUUACAAAUUUCUUCAUCAGUUACUGCCUUUGGUAGAGAAAUGAUUGAAAAAACUAAAAAUGAAGUUCAAGAAUUUUAUUCAAAAAAGAAUGGUCACCCAUAUGAUGCUCAAGUUAUUUAUGGUGAUACUGAUUCAGUUAUGGUAAAAUUUGGUUAUCAAGAUCUUGAAACUUGUAUGAAAUUAGGUGAAGAAGCUGCUAAUUAUGUCUCGACUAAAUUUAAAAAACCCAUUAAAUUAGAAUUCGAGAAGGUUUAUUUCCCAUAUUUGUUAAUCAAUAAAAAGAGAUAUGCCGGUUUAUAUUGGACUAGAACUGAUAAAUUUGAUAAGAUGGAUACUAAAGGUAUUGAAACUGUUAGAAGAGAUAAUUGUAGAUUGGUUCAAAAUGUUAUUACUAAAGUAUUGGAAUUUAUUUUAGAAGAAAGAGAUGUGGAUAAAGCAUGUCGAUUUGUUAAACAAACAAUUGCUGAUUUAUUACAAAAUAGAGUUGAUUUAUCACAAUUAGUCAUUACCAAAGCUUAUUCUAAACAUGAUUAUGCUGGUAAACAAGCCCAUGUGGAAUUAGCAGAAAGAAUGAAAAAGAGAGAUGCUGGAUCUGCUCCAGCUCUUGGAGAUCGUGUAGCAUAUGUUAUUAUUAAUUCAGGAAGUGAUAAAGCUUAUGAAAAAUCAGAAGAUCCUUUAUAUGUAUUAGAGAAUUCUUUACCAAUUGAUGUUAAAUAUUAUCUUGAAAAUCAAUUAACUAAACCAUUGGAAAGAAUUUUCGUACCAAUUUUAGGAGAAAGUAAAACUAAAGAAUUAUUGGCAGGAGCUCAUACAAGAACUAUCAAACUUUCAGCACCAAAGACUGGAGGUCUUAUGAGAUUUGCUAAGAAAACAGAAGUAUGUGUAUAUUGUAAAACUCCAUUAAAAGAUGAUAAUCAUGGAGCUUUAUGUCCAAAUUGUAUACGAGAAGGUAGAGGUCCUGAAUUAUAUGGUAAUGCAUUAUCUCAAAUGAAUUAUUUAGAAAAUAAAUUUUCAAGAUUAUGGACUGAAUGUCAAAGAUGUCAAGGUUCAUUACAUCAAGAAGUUCUUUGUUCAAAUAAAGAUUGUCCAAUAUUUUAUAUGAGAAAGAAAUCUCAAAAGGAUGUCUAUCAACAAUCUUUAGAGUUAGUAAGAUGGGAUAAAACAACAUGGUAAUUUCAUAUAUAUUAAAUGUACAUUAUUUUUCUAUUAUUAUUUGUAUAUUAUAAUUUAUAUUAUAGUAGUUAUA